UAAAUAUGAAAAGAUGAGUCAAUUUCACGAAUUCUUGAGAUCUUUCCGCUGUGUGUUAAACAUUUAUUUCAGUUUGGGUCUGUCGAUUUUCCGUUAAGCCCUGAACGCAGCUUUGAGGUCACAUGGGAGAUCUGAGAGGUCACAUGGCGGGAAAUUGAAACAGUCGCGAGCGCAGUUCCUGUGUACCUGAGCAAACGGUGAGUUAAUUUUGAUUUCCAUGUCUCGAUAUUCAAUCGGCGGUGAGCAGAGUUAGCUACCAUACGAGACAAUUUUCUUUCAGAUUUAUCGUUAAAGAGUCUCAGCGUUUAAUCUCGAUUGAUAUUUUGUUAAAUGAAGUAAGCUAGCAAACCGUCGUUUCAGUCCGCAUCGGUGUACAGUUGACUGAAGUAGCUUUAGCUGCUACAUUACUACGUCCAUAAAGGUGCUGCUUGUUUUAACUGUUAAUGACUUGUUAUCCUCACAAACAGGUAACCAGACGAAAUGAGUCAUAUCAGGAACAUAAAGGACAUGCUCAACAUUCAGACUGGAAGCAAAUGGUCAGCGAAACUCUGUUACCGCAACUAUCAUUUCUGUCAUACUUACAAAAGGGAGACUAGGGUAAGAUGAGUCAAAGGAUAAGUUGAGGUACCCCCUGUUUCUUGGAAAUGGUCAAAGAAAUUGAUCACGUGACCAAAUAUUUAGGAGAUGGGCAUCAAUUCAUGGAGUCUGAAGGUUAGAAGCAUUGAAUCGGCAUCCAAAAAAUUAUAGAAGAAUCGAAUCGGGAGAAAAACAUAUCGUCCCAGCCCUAGUAGUAGGGAUACGGCUCAACUUAACCUGCUCCUAUGGUCAAAUUACCCCAAACACAGGGUUAGGAGACCACUUUUUUUGGCAUGCUAUAUUAUCAAGACAGUUGUGUUUACAUUCAUUCUGUUGGUUUGCAGGGAUGAACAACAUCUUGAAAUAUAAGCAGAUACACUAGUUAGAGACAAAACUAUGAUUGCCUUGAUGUAGUGAUCCGAAAUAUAAAAAAAUGGCUCAUCUUACCCCACUCUCCCUUACUGUCAUCAAGGCUGAAUGACUCUCUUUAACAUAGAGAACAACCACAGAGUAGACUUUUUGCUGCGUAAACAAUGUAUUUUGUGUUUUUUUUUUUAAACUCAUCAAAUCUUGUUGGAAAAAAUCAACCAACAGGAAUGGGGCUACCAGUGGAUACAGCAGUUUUACAGACUCUCAGUUGUUUUUCGGGUCUCAGUUUUGGCCUGAAAAUUCUCAAAAUGCAUCUCAAGAAAUGAGUUUGGGUUCAUCCAAGACUUCCCAACACAGUUCACAAGAGGUGAGAUCAACCAUUCUAACUUGAAAUCGUCACAUUACAGAGAGCUUUCAAACAAUCCUUAGUCCCAUAGAAAAGGCUGCAAUAACCAAGUGCAGUUAUACAGGAGGAGAGAAGUUGUUUUUUUGAGUGACUUAACAUUUGCAGUCAAGUGGAAACUUCGACUGCAAACAGCAUCAAGCAUGAAGAGAAUUGCUGAUAAUCAGAUCUAUGUAUCAUUUAUAUAUAUAUAUAUAUAUAUAUAAAAAAAGUAUCUCUCAACCUCUGUGAUUUUUAUCAUUUAGGGGAGUGACCCAAAGUUUUUGAGCAGUUAUCACGCCAGACCUCACCUCUUCGGAGACAUUAAAGACAAAAGCAAAACCUUUGGACUACUUGAUAAAUUUGAGGAGGACAAGAAAAAGGCCAAGGAAAAAACUGACAGGUACUUUAUAAAACAUAUGUCUUGUUUUAAAUUUAUGGCAUGGUGGUGAUAAAUAGUAGAGUGAAGUCUCCUUAGAAGUUUUGGAAUCUCUUUAUUUUCUUUAACAGUGAUAGUCUGACCAAGGAACUUCAUUAUAUUCGAGAAACUCUAAGCAAUGUAAGUUCAACAAAAUCUCCAUCCUUCCUUUUGAAUUUGACAGACAAUUUUGUAUGUUUAUAAAAUAUUGAAAGGCUGUAUUUCCUUUUUUUUCCCCAGAUCUAUCAGCUGGUCAGCGGUACAGAGAAAAACACUGCUGUAUGCCAAACCAUCCUUGAAAAUUUUGACAAGUUCGCAUCAACACGUAAGCUACCCAAUUUACUGAUGUUUGAUUGUCAUUGAGAUAACUGAGUGUGCAUGUGCUCUUUAUGAACAAACUUGGGAAAGGGUAAGCAGUUACUAUCACCAGCAGAUGGUGCCUUUUGCCCAGUGUUCAACAUUAGCAACUUAAAAUCUUUUAUCUGUGCCAGUGCACUUUUUUUUUUUCCAACAUAUAAGGGAUUGUGUCUCAUUUUAGCGGCCCCUAAACUCUGGUAAACUGUCCCCCAAACAUCAAGCCAGGACUAUAUUACAUGACUUUUAAAAACACAUUUUUACAAUUUAGCAUUUCUGUAAAUUCAGUUUGUCUUGGUGUCUACCUGGUGCUGUGCAUGACUGUGCUUUGUCAGAUGCUGUCUGUUAUGCUCUGUUAAUUGUGCAUGUAUCUGUAUUUGUGUAUUUUCACGGCUUCUUUAAUUUGCUUGUAUGUUCUUAAAAGUUUCUAUACUGAUAAAUUCAUCACUAUCAAGUGUCUGAUACAGUCUAUAUGGGCUGUAAGUACAAGUUUUUGUUCAAAUGCUUGAAUCUUUUCAUUUAUUCAUUUUAGUGCAGAACCACCUGAGCAGUCUGCAGAGUAACAUUUCCCAGCAGUUUGAAACUUUACAAGAUAAGGUGAACUCCCAUGAGAAGAAAACAACUGAACUGGAGGAAAGGAUGCUAAAGGUAACACGUUUACAUGUAACUCCUGAUCAGAAAGUACUUAAAUCUGGGAAUGAUUAUAUCAUUUUUAUAAUUUGUAGAGUGGAGAAAGUACAACAGAGCUUGGUUUGAACCUGCAAAGCUUAAAGAAAAGUCUGGAGUGUCUGAGAGUGGAUCAGGAAAAAGAAAGAAAUAUGAUGGAAGAGGCUCUGAAGCUGCUCAGUGCUUUAGUCGCUGAGCACUCAGCCAGACCCAGUACGGAAGGAGCAGUUGACAGUGCCAUCCAGACAUCUCCAGGGCUUGAUCAGCAAGUCUCCAUCAGCCUGCAGGAAAAUAAGCUGGAAAACACACAGCUUUCAUGCAUGUCAAACAACUUUGAUCACAGUCAGGCUGAAGUUUUGCCUCAGGUUCCUGGCCGCAUCAUAGGAAAGAGAAAAUUCCUUCCCAGAGGCCAUGGGAGACGCAAAAAGAGGCCGCUGGUCAUCUCACAGAGAAGUAAACAUGCUGUUACGGAUGAAAACAGUCAGUCAAACAUAAACUGCAACAAACAACAAAAUAUUUCUUUACCUCUCUGUGAGCGUUAUGAUACGAAUAAUAUAAAUAACCAGGACUGCCGCAUUUCAGGCUGUCUGAAACCACUAAAUAAAGAGCCGAGAUCCAAAGCGUGGGGAUGUGCCAUCACCCCCUUCAGCUCCUGGUCUCAGGACAGCAGCAGCUCUGUGUGCCUCGUAGGAAAUGAACCCUUGCUAGAGAAGCCCUCAGCAGAGUCCAAGACAGCAACCCCAGUGAAACUACAGAGCCUUUGGCAGUUGUUUGACAUUGAUUCAGAUUCAUUUUAGAGCAUUAAAGGGCACAGAGAAGGUAGAAGAAACUGUCUUUCUAUUUUAUGUGUACAGGUAAAUAAAAGACCAACAUUUGUAAAAUAAUAUUUAUUACAUCUGACACUUGUUCUGUUUGUUCCAGACUUCUUAAUUUCAUUUAGUUUUUGGAUGAAAACCGGUUAAAAGAAUAGCUCAAACUUAGCAGGAGGUUGGAAGAGUACAGGUGCACUAACUGAGUAUAUGAGUGAAUGAUUUGCAUUAAAAAUGUUCAUUAAUUUCUGUAGAAAUUGAUUUUUGAAAAUAUUUAUUCUGCUGUCUUGAGAAUGAAAAUAAACUUAAAAGCUUCGUAUCAAA